UCAGUGCCUCACGCGAAGCAUGCUGGGACUAGCUUUCUAGCCUCCCGGCGGCCCCUGCGACGGGCGUACGUAAGAAACUGGCUGGCGGCGGCCGUUCUCCGUAAGAUGGCUGAUCGGCGGCGGCAGCGCGCUUCGCAGGACACAGAGGACGAAGAGUCUGGUGCUUCCGGCUCCGACAAACCCAUGACUUCUUUCUUGCAGGAGAGUGAAGAUGGCAUCGAGGGCGAUGCUGUUCUCUCGGAUUAUGAAAGUGCAGAAGACUCAGAAGGUGAAGAAGGGGAGUACAGUGAGGAGGAAAACUCCAAAGUGGAGUUGAAAUCAGAAGCCAAUGAUGCUGCUAAUUCUUCAGCAAAAGAAGAGAAGGGAGAAGAAAAGCCUGACUCCAAAGGCACUGUGACGGGGGAGAGGCAAAGUGGGGAUGGACAGGAGAGCACAGAGCCUGUGGAGAACAAAGUUCCCAAGCACUUGGAUGACGAUGAAGAUCGGAAGAACCCUGCAUACAUACCCCGGAAAGGGCUCUUCUUUGAGCAUGAUCUUCGAGGGCAAACUCAGGAGGAAGAAGUCAGGCCCAAGGGGCGUCAGCGAAAGCUGUGGAAGGAUGAGGGUCGCUGGGAGCAUGACAAGUUCCGGGAAGAUGAGCAGGCCCCAAAGUCACGACAGGAGCUCAUUGCUCUUUAUGGAUAUGACAUCCGUUCAGCUCACAAUCCUGAUGACAUCAAACCCCGAAGAAUCCGGAAACCCAGGUUUGGGAGUCCUCCACAAAGAGAUCCAAAUUGGAUUGGUGAGCGACCAAACAAGUCUCAUCGCCACCAGGGUCCUGGGGGGACCCUACCACCAAGGACAUUUAUCAAUAGGAAAGCUGCAGGUACAGGUCGCAUGUCUGCUCCCAGGAACUACUCUCGCUCUGGGAGCUUCAAGGAAGGUCGUGCUGGAUUUAGGCCUAUGGAGACUGGUGGACAGCAUGGUGGCCGGUCUGGUGAGACUGUUAAACAUGAGAAUAGUUACCGGUCACGGCGCCCGGAGCAGACUCCUGUGCGGGAUCUGUCUCCAGAAGCAGAUGCUCAAGUGCUUGGCAGUCCUGAGAAGGAAGAGGUGGCCUCAGAGAUACCAGCUCCUGCUCCUGCUCCUGACACUGCACCACCGCCCCCUGACAGACCUAUUGAGAAGAAAUCCUAUUCCCGUGUAAGAAGAACCAGGAUCAAAGCUGGAGAUGCGGUCAAGAUUUCAGAGGAGAUGCCCCCUCUACCUGAAGGGCUGACCCCCACACCUCAAGUUCCAGAAACUACUCCUUCACCUGCUAAGACUGGGAACUGGGAGGCUCCAGUGGAUUCUACUACAAAUGGACUUGAGCAAGACGUGGCACAACUGAAUAUAACAGAACAGAAUUGGAAUCCAGGGCAACCUCCAUUUCUGCAACCACGCGAACUUCGGGGUAUGCACAACCACAUACACAUGGGAGCAGGACCUCCACCUCAGUUUAACCGGAUGGAAGAAAUGGGUGUCCAGGGUGGGCGAGCCAAACGCUAUUCAUCUCAGCGGCAGAGACCUGUGCCAGAGCCCCCGGCCCCUCCCGUGCAUAUCAGUAUCAUGGAGGGACAUUACUAUGAUCCACUGCAGUUCCAGGGACCAAUCUACACCCAUGGAGACAGCCCUGCGCCACUGCCUCCUCAGGGCAUGAUUGUGCAGCCAGAAAUGCACCUUCCCCACCCAGGUUUACAUCCCCAUCAGACACCAGCACCUCUGCCCAAUCCGGGCCUCUAUCCUACACCAGUGUCCAUGUCUCCAGGACAGCCACCACCUCAGCAGUUGCUCGCUCCUACUUACUUUUCUGCUCCAGGAGUCAUGAACUUUGGUAAUCCCAGCUACCCUUAUGCUCCAGGAGCACUGCCUCCCCCACCACCUCCUCAUCUAUAUCCUAAUACACAGGCCCCAUCACAGGUAUAUGGAGGAGUGACUUACUAUAACCCCGCCCAGCAGCAGGUGCAGCCAAAGCCCUCACCACCCCGGAGGACUCCCCAGCCAGUCACCAUCAAGCCCCCACCACCUGAGGUUGUAAGCAGGGGUUCCAGUUAAUAUGAAUUUCUGAAUAUUUUAAAUCUAACAUGAUAUAAAAAACAGCAAAGGUGAGAACCCAGGAAAGAAGAGAAAUACAGCUGGCUGUCUACUACCAGGAGGGCUUCAAAGAUAAAGGGUGGCUCCUACCAGCAAGCAGCUGAAUGAGGAGGACCCCUGGCUCCCUCUGAGGACAGGCUCUGUUAGAGACAGGGAGAAACAAGUGGACUUCCUACUGUCUCCACUCUCUGCUGGAGUUAGCUGUGCUCAGAGGAGCAGAGAUCAGACAGCCCACAUCUAGUCUACAUCUAGAAAACCCAGGUUUUUGGCUCUUCUUCACUUGUCCUGGGAAAUUCAAAUGUCUUCUGCUGCUCCCAGG